CAGAUGUCUUUAUUCCCCCGCACCGCCCAAACUACCUUACUUGUAAACUGUUUAUAACAGUUUUUCCUUCUUAUAUUUUUGUGAUGUCUACGCCAUUGUGGCAGUAAAACAUGUCACUGUCAAAAUUUGAUGGACAAAAAAUUAAAAAAUCAUGCAAUUUAUGUUUCUGUUUAGUCAUAUUUCAGCCCGUGUUUGAGCUUAAUUAAGCAAAAGCUUACACAAACACUGAAUUUUAACUCAGGCAUUCAACUAAUUAAGAAAUGACGGAUUAUUUCAAUGAAAUGGGGUGGACUCCACUAGCUGAAGGGGAGACUCCAAAUCAUUUUCUGCAUUUAGCUCGUUUAUUCAGGGAUUACAAUAUGUUCGAGGAACUGAACGUGCUAAAUGGGGAAAAACUACCACCUCCUGCAUCUAGAAGUGCAGUCGAGGCAUUGCCUAACGAGAAAAUAGUAGAAGAAGCCUCAUUUGUAGGAUUACAAUGUCCUGUAUGCUUGAAAGAUCACGUAAAAGAUGAAACACCCAAAAGGAUGCCUUGUAAACAUCUGUUUCAUAAUGAAUGUAUAAUGCCUUGGCUUGCAAAGACAAAUUCGUGUCCAUUGUGCAGGUACGAAUUGCCUACAGACGAUGAAGAUUAUGAAGCGUGGAAGAAAGAAAAGAAGAGGGCUAAAGAAAGGGAAGCUGAUAUAGAAAAUUUACAUAAUUCAAUGUUUUCAUAAUCAAUAUAAGAACAAAAGGCAUAGGAUAACCAAUUAUCAUGAAUUAAAAAAUUAAAGGUGGUGUGUGCUGGUUUGAUUAUAUUUUCUCUGUCUGGACAUGAAUCUGAAAUCAAAAUUGGGAGGAGAUGGACAAAUAUGAGAGUAAUUGAGACAUCAGAAUUAAAAAUAUUGGUAUUUAUGGUGGAUAUGGAUCUCUCCGAGACCCUUAAAGCGAUGCAUAUUCACUGAAAACAGCAAAAUGUGUAAACUUAAUGCCUGAAUUACUUUCUUAUUUGUCCACUGACCCCCAAUUUUGACAUUAUAUUGAAAAAGUAUAUAAGAAAAACGUAGUGGGAUCCCAGGUAUAGAUACACCACUUUUUUAUUAUUCAGGCCUGUAAAAUUAUCCCCAAUUAUCUCAUUUUUUGUGGGUCAUAUAUUAAAAUUUUCAUCUUUGUGUAUCCCUCAAAUUUUGUGCAUGAGCGAAAUUGGAUAUAUUCAAGCUAAUUAAUCUAAUCUCUUGGUUUUGGUAGGUUUUUUUUAUGUUUAUAAAUGAAUAUCAAAUAUAUAUUUAUAUUAUUAUUAGUUAAGGAUUAAUUUAUAAAUAAAACAAAG